UAUGAGGGUGACAAGACAUUGACUGCGGCAAUCAUUUCCAAAUCAGCAGAAAAUUCCUUGUAAAGAUGAGAUUCAGAAAAACCAUCAGUGGACUGAACGCGUCCCCAUCUCAAAUCAAGCGGAAACUGAAGCACAUGAAGCCACCCGGCUACAACAUGGAGCUGGACGAAAUGCUCGUACUGGCCACGAUGAAAAUGAGCCCCAUUAUCGAUUUGUUGAUGGACGCCCCCAAAAGUCCCGUCCACUUCAUCAAACUAUCUGAAUGCGACGACAUUGAACAGGUGAUGGACAUUGUGCGGGACGUGACAAAGGCCCUGGAAAACAUCGGCUUCCAGAUGGAUAUCCAGAUGGUCAAUUUUGACAUGGACAAGUAUCGGGAGCGGGCAAAUUGCGACCGGCAGGUCUACGUGGACACCUCGCUCCUGCUGGGCAUUUUGGAGCUGCAUAAUAUUCUGGAAAACCUCAAAGCCGACCUGGACGGCUUCUACCGCUCGAUUGGCAUCCACUCCUUUGUCCAAACCGAAUCCCUCUCAAGCGCCAGCUCUUGCAACCCCAACAAAAUAGUCUUCAAGCUCAACCCGAAACUUCAAGCCGACAGCAAUGACUCAUCUUCGCUGGGGUUUUUUAAGAAGAACUUCCUGGUGAUGCCUUCUAUGACCCAAAUAGUGCCUCUGGCUGAAUCCAGAUCGCAGAUCCUCAUGCAAAGUGCCACUCAUCAGUACUCGUCAGUGAAAAAAUCCAAAUCAGAAAUCUUCAUGGACGAUGAGGAAAUAACUGGAGUGACCGACGUGUAUGGGGCGCGGAAGAUAUUGGUAAAAUGUAUCUACGACCUGAAGGGAGUGAGCGACUACCUGGCCACCCCUAGAGUCGACGCUUCCACCAUAGUCUCCAAUGCUUCAGAAGCGUCUCAGCGCUUCUUCGUCCCCAGUCAAGAAAAGGGACACUUUUACGUCCCCAGCCAAGAAGAGGCUGCGAAAUUCUCCCCAGCACCUCGAGCUCGAGGUCCUGACGGCUGUUGCUGCAAGGACUGUUUUGGCCUGGAUGAAGGCGCCACCAUUCCGGAAUGCGACGAAGACCAAGUGAUCAUCUGCAUCAAGGGAUGCAACAAAGAAGAAGGCGAUGUGCAGAUAGUGAUUCGUCAAUGUCCCGAUUGCAAGGCCAACACUGAAGGAGCUGUAACAACCACCAAAUCACCGACAGCCAAUUUUUUGCCAGUUUCCACUGAAACUCCACUGAUAACCGAAAGUCCUCCGGUAGCUGAUGCAAUCAAGUCCGAAGAGGCCAUCUUGAGCGACUCCAGUGUUAAUGAUAAUUCAGAGCCGAUUGUGUUGCACAACAAAGACUCCAAGGGCAGUGUGGUGUGCAGUGAAGAGGAGGAGGAGGAGGCGGAGAAGGAAGAGAAAGAGGGAGGAAAAUCCUCCAGAAGGUCCACGCUGCGCAGCUAUGUGCAGAACCAGCUCAGCUGCUCCAGGAUAAAAAUGUGCGAAACCACCAAUCUGUGCUUCGAAACGGAAACUGGGCAAGAGCUGGUCAUUUCCCUCACUGUAACCCCCAAGGAGCUGGUGGGGGAGAAGCUGAGUCUAGGAGAUAUUUUCAGUGACAGCGAAGGCGCCUCUGAACCCGUCAACUCCUCCCAAAAGGCGCCUGCUUCCAAAACAAACGCCCAGCCUGCCAGGCAGCGCGUCGCCUACUUUGUGCCUGAUCGCUACAUACCUCUGGGCAGAACGAAGAUUUGUUCCUCCUUGGACUUCGACGUAACCACCGCGGCUUCCAAGAUCCGCUCCCAUGGGAUGAGGAACAGAAACAACAAAAUCGUGGUGCAGCUGCAGGACUUCGGUACUGAUAAUCUGCUGAGGGCCUGCCGCCCGGCCAAAUGCUGCAGGAAAGCCAUCUUGAACGAGAAAAUGAAGAAAUGUCUGCCCUAUGCGGCCAGUUUGCGUUCGCUGCCCUUGGACGAAGACGACUUCAGCGUCAUCAACGAGUCACUGCAAAUGAGCCUUCAGAAGGUGAAAAACUCCACGGAUCUGAAGAAAGACUUUACGGCCAACCAGCGCUUUGUGCUCAACCCCAUACAUACUGUGCUCUAUUUCUUCUACGAACCCGACUUGCCCCAGGACGAGCUCCGGGAGAUUUGCCAAAGGAAACUAGUCGAACUCAAGCUGGCCUUUUAUAUCCACCUGUCCAGCGAUCCUCCUCUACCCUGCCAGUACUUCAUCCAGUACUUUGGGGUGGAAAAAGGGCAGGCCCAGCCAAGUGGGAAUUUCUCCAAGUGGAUGAGGCGCAGCUACGAAGACCGACCCAUCAGCCCAACGGGGCUUGUUGCAGAGCGCAAGUCGCGCCUCAGCAGGAUUCCAGUCUAUCGCAGGCCAAAGGCCCUGGCAAGCUUAGAGCUUCAAGAAGCACCGGCUUCAGUUGAGCCCAACAUCUUCCUGGCCAGCCCGAGCUCACUGCCCAGAACACCAGGCUUGGAAGACAAGUUGGUCCUAAGGAAAACCCCACAGCAAACCACUGGCACCAGUUCGCCCAUUCACUCAAUUGAGGAUCUAGGGAACUCGAGAUUAUCCUCCAAGUGCUCGACUGGAGGCACGCUUAAAAGGGGCAAGAGAAAAAAGAAAGAAUUCUACCUGUCCAAGUCGCGGUCGGAGAUAUCGCUCAACAUCCAAAGCAAGCCCAAUUGCCAGAGCCAACAAUUGUCUCUUACUGCCAGCCUGGAGGCCCCCAAGGGCAGUAAAAGUGAAGACCACCAGUCGAAGAUUAUCUUGAGCUAUUUCUCCAAAAUGCUGUUUGAGAUGGUGAAGAAGCAGAUGGCGCGGGAGCAGUUGAUAAUCAACGCGGCAGUCCAUGUCGGGGUGGGAACCGAAAACAAAAGUCUGCUGGAGAUCUACCGCAAGCCGGCGAAAUCCCUACGCAAAAGCUACCACGACUUGAAAGCCAAACAGUCCCAAUACUGUUUGGUGAUGGCCAACUCGGACAUCUUAAAGAGCAUCUCCUUGCAGACUUCCAAACAGCUGAAAGACUGCAAGAAGUGCCAAACCUCCAACACUCUGCUGGAUUGUUUCCAGAAGAAACAGAUCCUCAAGCGUUGCUUCAACUGCGAGCAGAGCUGCGACGAAAUUGAGAACUUCGUGGUGACGUUCAACAGCGACCAAUCGUGCGAGUCAACCAGGACAUGCGACAGCGACCAGGAGGAUUCUUUGCGCCAGUCGCUAGUUCGACUCAAAGAGACCCUGGAGCAGUACGAGAGCCUCAAGACGGAAAUCGCGCAAUUGCCGCAGAACAAUUUCAUCAAUCCCAUCGAGUACUUUGUCUACCAUCAAGUGUGCGCCUGCAAUCCCAGAGUUUCCAAAAAACCGUCCAUGAUGCAGAAGAUUCUGAGCAAAACUAAAGAGCUGUUUUGCUCACCUGAGAAGGACAUGUCGAGGAAGUACAACAAUCAAAGGGCGGCGUUUAGCCUGUCUUCGACAGACAAGGACCAAUGCCAUAGCUGCGGUUGCAAAAUCUCCACCUGCACUGGCCAAUCAGCGCAGCUGCUCUGCAGCUGUCCAGAAGAAACCGGAGCUGAGCAACCGCGCUCUUUUCUAGCCUGUUGCCAAAAGUUCAAACACAAAAGCAGCCUUUCCAAGUUGGCCUCAGCUUCAGCGUUGUCGGUCAAGUCGCUGAAGAGCCGCCUGAAGUUAUCCAAGCCCGCCCAAAGGUCCUGCAGCUGCGUAGCUGAGCCGGACAGUGAAAAACUGACCAUGUGCAUAUCAGGCAAUAUCGAGGUGGUAAAGUGCGAUCGCGUCAGCGCUGCAACCAGCACUAUGAGAGACUCAGCGACUCAAAAAUGCACUUGUGGGCAGUGCCAGAAGUUUGCAGAUGAUGGCACGUGCUGCUGCUCACACUGCUUGGGCUGUUUGGAUAAGAGCUUUGAUGCCAAACCCGCCAAUCAGAGCGUAUCUGUUGAGACCGAAGCUGUUGCGGAUGCAGAGAGCAUUCUGAGUCCUCAAUCUCCUGCUUCUAUGGCUGUUAGCAACACAUACUCUGCAGGAAUUGUUAUUAUGGAUCCAGAAGAGUCAAAAAAAAGCUUAGAACGCUCGAGCUUCCUGGAUCCUCAGUUUGCGUCGGGCAGCAACGAUUUGAACAACCUGGAUGGUAUCCAGAGUGGGCUUUCACAGCAACGGGCUGUAGAAGAAACAGUGGAGGCCCAGAUCAGUGGCAGCAACGAAACAACUGCCAGUUACUUCGUUGUAACCUCUCCUCCUCAGCUACUCCAUCAGCUCCUCAACUUUCAGCAGCUGCUCCAAGUGAAGGCGCGUGAAGGGCGAUUCAACCCUUAACAAAACGGCCCCUUUGUAGUUUAUUAGUGGACUGUUGCAAUAAACCGUAGAAAUUG